UCAGAGUGAAGGUUUCUCUGGCUUUUCAAAAUGGGUUUCAAGCCUACUUAGUAGGUGGGUGUGUAAGAGACUUAUUACUAAAUAAAGUUCCAAAAGAUUUUGAUGUGAUCACCACAGCGGCACUUAAAGAGAUCAAGAAGAAGUUUAAUCGUUGUGAAAUUGUUGGACGGCGUUAUCCUAUAUGUCUGGUGCAUGUUAAAGGUUCCAUUGUUGAGGUAUCCAGUUUUGAAACAGUAGCAGAACGUACUAAAGAAAAAAAAGAAUUUCUUCUCUCUCAAAUGCCACAUGGCUGCGACGUAAAAGACUUCAUUAUCUGGAGGAACUGCAUGCAUAGGGACUUCACAAUUAACAGUUUAUUCUUCGACCCCUUUGUGAAUGAGAUAUAUGAUUAUGCCAAUGGAAUGAUGGAUUUAAAGUCCUUAAAGCUGCGGACAUUAAUCCCUGCUCAGCUGUCUUUUGAAGAGGAUUGUGCAAGAAUAUUGCGGGGCUUGAGAAUUGCAGCUCGUCUUGGUUUGUCUUUUUCAAAGGAGACUGAGAUUGCAAUACGUAAACUCUCUUCGUCUGUUACAAGCUUAGCUAAGUCUAGAAUAAUGAUGGAGUUGAACUACAUGCUGUCUUAUGGAGCCGCCGAACCUUCUCUCUGUUUACUUCAGAGGUUCAACCUUCUUGACAUUUUGCUACCAUUUCAUGCAGCAUACCUUGCUCAACAAGCCCGUGAACAAUACUGUCAAAGUUCUGCGAUGUUGAUGAAAUUAUUUUUCAAUUUGGAUAAGUUGUUUACUUGUGAUCAACCAGCAGAUUGUCGGUUGUGGGUUGGACUUUUGGCAUUUCACCUGGCAUUAGUAAACAAUCCCCAAGAUGCUCUUGUAGUUUGGACUUUUGCUUCUGUUCUGUAUCAUGCGAGAUGGAAGGAAGGUGUUAAAUUUGCAAGAGAACAUGCUCAAGGAUCAGUUAUUUUUAUACCUGAGAUUUUGGAGGCUUGUAACAUUAUGUCAGAAGAUGAACUUGCAGAAAGAGUCACUCAAUUUGCACAGGUAGUCCAAGACUCUGUAGAUGCUUUGACUGAGACAGACUGCCUUCAUCAAGCAAUGUCCAGAUUCCCAGAUUCACCUUGCCCUGGUUUGGUAUUUGUAUCCAGGAAAAUGAGGAGUGACACUGCCAAUCUUUUUAGCUCGCUGGUGAAUGAUGUUAGAUAUUGUCAGAAGGGAAGGGUGAAAUUUCAUAUUAAUUAUGAACUGCUUCGAAGGGGAAACUUGCGCGAGACAAGGUUGGUGUUUGGAAAAAUUAUCAUGGAUACCUUGAGUUGUGGGAUUGUCCAAGAGAGUAAAGUAGUCAUGGAGGAGAAAGAUCACCUGCAUGUAUUUGAUUGUGAACACAAGGUUGAGGUUCUAGGUGAGAACUGUGACCUCGCACCUUCUAAUAUCGAAAUGCAGCGCGUUGUGGGCAAGGAGGAUAAAAAACAUAACGUAUCACAGUCUAAUACCGAACUACUACUGCAAGAGAGGGCCAAGAAGCAGAAGUUGAUUGGGAAAAAGUGCAAUCUUUCAGAGAAUGGAAGAGUUAAGCAGCAGGCCUUUGUCAAUGAAGAGUCCAAGAAAAUAGCUAAACAUUGGCAAGAGAUGAUUGAGAAAAAUGGAUUCCCAGAUGCGGCUAAGAAGCAUCAGAAGGGGGUUGAGAAAGAAAGAAGCUGUAUAUCACAAAAUGAGAUAAUUCAGAAGCAGCAAAAUCAUUUACCAUUUGACGAGAAAGUUGUUUUUCGAGCAAAUGCUUUAGAGAAACUGGAGAGGGUUGAGAAGCAUUUGAACGUGGUGGAGAAGCGGAAACAUUUUGAAUCAUCACAUGAGAAUGAAAAACACGGUUUUCAUCAGCAGAAAGGGAAUACAGAGAAGAAUGAAAAGAAAAAACAGGAUGUAACCAAGGAGAAACAAAGUAGGCUGGUUCUGUCUAGCUUGUUUAGGUGAAUUAUAUUUUGUCUGUUGGAAAUUACAUACCGGUCUUUUUAGGAUAGCAUGGUAGCAUCAUAAACCUGAAACUGACUCGAAAAUCUUGGUUAGUCAUUUCAGUUACCCUCUUUUUGGUUUUACUGGUCGAGUAGAUUGUCAAAUUUUUUCUGCAGGUAAUGAUAAAUAUUGAGUCAUGUGGGAGAAUUUCCUGUUUUGCAGUCUCUCAUUUAUUGUAAUUUUAUAGCAUGUAGCUCUUCUUUUAACAGUUGAAUUAUUUGAGAAGUUGAGUGAUGUCAACUAUUUACUUGUAUCAGUUAACAGCUAUUUUGUAGCCUGUUAGAUUGUUUAUUUUGUAGCCAAAAACAACUCUCUCACGUGAAAUUGGUAUUACCUUUUGAUCUCUAUGUAA